AUGACUCUCUCUGCCCUAGCGGAGGCCAACGACUUUACAGCUGUGGCGACAGAAUUGAGUGCAAGCUCCUUGCCAAGUUCCUUGCCAAGCACCGAGACUACUCUCAUGCAGCUGCGGUUUCGCAUUUCAAGCAGGCCGGCCCCACUUCCUCUUAGAUCUAUUUCGCCACUGUCCUCAUCGUCAUCGGGUAUCUUCUUGCCUUCGUCUCUAGGCGCCCCUGCGGUAGACCUUCAAGCAAAUUCAUUGUCCCUUUCUGCGUCUGCCCUUGCUAUGCCUACCACCUAUGAUGGCAAAGAUGUCAGGUUAUCUCAGCUAGCGAGGAAUUCUCUUUCUCUUUCUGCUAACGAUGUAGGUACCGACACCGCUGUUAUUACAACUUCUCUGCUCAGCAACAACACUGCGGACUCAUCUGGCCAACGGUGCCAACAAGACUGUCAAGAAGACGUUCCCGAAACAGCCUUGCGAACACGCUCUCCCUUCUUGCGCUCUCCAUCCGCCGCCUCAUCUUCUGACAAUAGAUCCAGAUGCAUCUUGUCGGAUGAUGAAAACAUUUUGGUAAUAUCCCCCAUUUGUGCGCACUUCGCUUGUGAGCCCAGGGCCACUCCAGGUAUGCAUGUCUCCUUUGGACACGUUAUCAAGGGGAGGAUAUGCUCUCUUUAUUUUACAUAUUGGAAGGCGUGGUACGUUUCUAGAAAAGAUAGAGUGUCGGUACUCCAGAGUUCCAUAAAGAAAAGGUUGAUGGGCGAGGCACUCUCAUCUGUCAAGCUAGCUUAUGCAAAGAAUAUCUGCAAUAAGAUGCUUCUUCACUGGGCAUGGUUUACCCUACGGCAGAGAUACACUAGUGCGUACCGUUUCAGAACAUGUAAAGCGUUGCAUGAGGCUUUCCUUCUUCGGAAGAGUUUUAAGAGCUUUCAAUCCAAGGCUUUGCUGAUAAGUACACUGAGUAUGCAGGCCUCCUUGCACUACCGAACGAUAGUGAUGCGGCGAUGCCUCUGCCACGGGCUGAUCUUUGCUUAUCGUGAACUGGUGGGAGCGUGUGCACAGGCAGCGCUGCACCAUUGUUCGCUCUUGCGUAGGGUAUCACUUCGCAGUAUGUGCUGCAAGACCAGACAUCUCUCAGCCUGCGAGAACUCCUGCGUAUCUCUCCGGGCCACCUAUCUAGUUACAACAUCCUUUUACUCUAUAAUAAAGAUUCACGCGGCAAUUCGCAACCUUGCUCAUCGUAGAUCUCUAGCGUUAACACAGAGGGCUCUAGACUGCUGGCAAUAUGUCUUUUUUAGGCGUCUUCGUGUGUAUGCGAGCUAUGAUGCUGUUUCCUCCAUCGUCACUAAGCGCUCAUUACUCUUGGCAUUUACUAUGUGGCAUGAACAACUGAGAAUAUCAGUAGCCUUCCGCAGAUGGCGAAAGCUAUGCACAGCCCGGUUUCUUAUCAGAAGGUAUUCUGGGACGAGCAGAUUUAGUUGCCUAAGUGAUGAUGAGGCAGGCUACAAUUGUACAUAUAGAGGCAUUCAUCCACGGGUUGAGACGAUAUUUAGAGGUGCGUUCGAGUACUUACGUGACAGAGCCCGCCUUCUGCUGAUAAAAGAAAAGCUUGUUGUUAUAAUACUUAAGAGGAGGGUUUUUGAGAGGAUUGUGCUGGCGUAUUGCAAACGGGAGACGUCUAUUAAUUGGAAGGGUCAAGAGGAUGCAGCUACUCAUGAAUUGGACAAGCUAGAUGUUAAAGGUGUGCCGGAGAGUAAUAGUCUUUGCACAGACACACCUAAGUUAAUCUUUUUAGAUGCUCAUAGGUAUAAAGCUAAGAACAAGCAAGAUGCUACAAUGGAAUCUGGAGCCCUCUACGCUGAGAUUGGAGUCCAGGUCCUCCCAGUUGAUUUUCAUGCCCAACCAUGUCAGCCACCCUUGGUGAUGAGCAGAUCAUGUGGAGGGUUCUAUAGCAUGUGUAAAGAAGACACAGCAAACAGAAGAGAUUCCUCUACCCAGGUGGAACUGUCACACACUCAUGUGGACGUACAGAAAUUGAAUACGGUGCUUACUCAUUCACCAACAACAGUGCGGCAGAUUAUUAACAAAUAUAGGCGUCAACCGAUCAAUGAGCAGCCGUCCCCUGCAGAGCCAGUCACCGAGAAUGCACCUGUUCAAAGUGAAGACUCCGACGAAACCUAUUGCGUUACAAAAAUCGUUUCGCCGCUUGUCCGAAGUCCUCAGCGGAGCCAGAGUCCCAAGCAGCUACCAAUCUUGAGGCAAGUACAUCGGGUGAGAUCAGCACAGCAACUGCGAACUCAAUUUAUCAUAGAAAGACAUAGUACAACAGGGAAGCGAGGUAGCGAGGCUGGCGCAGGGUCUUCUAGCGUGGAGGAGAUAUCGUCUGUUGUGUACGAGAAUCAAGUUACGCUUGAAGUAGCUUCUCCCAGACACCCAAAUGAUGUUUCUGUAUAUUCAGAGACAGCUUCACCGUUUCACUUUGCGCGAGAACAGUCUACCAGGCCAGUCACUGCUGAUUUUUCCGAGCAACUACCACCGAUGCAAAUGCCAGACACGCCCAGCGACUUCAACAAAGAAUGCGAAGGUAUUCUAAUAGAAGGCCCAGAAGGAUCGCUGAGUUCAUCGGCACCUCCACCUGUGCCUCUUUCCCCGGAGGACCUUACGUCAGAUAUGUUCGCUGGUAUGCAGAUCAUCUCAUUUAGUACAGGCCAGCUGAAUGAGUCUGUAAUCGCACUUCCGGUAGAACGUCAAGAGAAUGCUGUAGUAACUCUGAGCACGGAGCAGAGGGACUCCAGACUGACUGCAUCGCACCCGCUGCCAUCGACCGGGGUGAGAUCUUAUAAAAUGCUUGAUGCUCGGUACCAUCUUGUCUCUAGUUUUACGGAGGCAAUCAAGAAGCAUGAAGAAGCAUCUAGAUACGACCCUACCAACUUACUCCUCUGA